CACCGCACAAGAGCCUUUUGGGGCCUAAAUUCAAAUCAAAAGCUAUAUCCCCAGAGAUUACCACUGAGACGGAAAUUAGAGGGAGGGAGUGGUACCCUUCACCCCCCAAUCUUUAUAGAUUUGCUCCCAUCCCCAUUACUCACACUCUCAAUUGACAAUCAUGGAUAGGUAUCAAAGGGUGGAGAAGCCAAAGGCAGAGACUCCAAUAAAUGAGAACGAGAUACGCAUUACUACGCAAGGCAGGAUGAGGAACUAUAUUACGUAUGCCACCACUCUCCUCCAGGAGAAAGGGUCCGUGGAAAUUGUUCUUAAAGCAAUGGGCAGAGCUAUCAAUAAGACUGUGAUGAUCACUGAAUUGAUCAAGAGAAGGGUUGUUGGUCUGCAUCAAAAUACUGCUAUUGGAUCAACUGACAUAACGGAUAUGUGGGAGCCACUAGAAGAGGGCCUUCUUCCUUUGGAGACUACUCGACAUGUUUCGAUGAUCACAAUUACUUUGUCAAGGAAAGAACUGGACAAGUCCUCUACAGGAUACCAGCCUCCUCUCCCAGCUGAUCAAGUAAAACCUUUGAUUGAAUAUGAAGAGGAAGGAGAGGGCACACCGGUGAUGCGAGGAAGAGGACGUGGUCGUGGAAAGGGCAGGGGCAGGGGCAGGGGCAGGGGUAGAGGAAAUUAUAAUGGGGGUAUGGACUAUAAUGGAGAUGGUUGGGAUGGUGGACGUGGCUAUGGUGGUAGAGGGCGUGGUCGUGCAAGGGGCCGUACUCUCUGGGGUAGGGGACGGGGCUAUGGUGGACAGUCGGUUGGUUAUUAUGAUUAUGGGGAAUAUGAUCCUCUGCCUCCCCAACGUGGUCGUGGUCGUGGAAGGGGAAGGGGCCGUGGACGUGGUCGCAUGUUUAGAUCAGAUGGAGCUGGUAGGGGGGCAGCGGCUUAAUUAAGCUGAGUUGUGUUGUCAUUAUGUAUAUGUUCAGUUAGAAGAACGGUGGCCUCUUCGCUUUGUUUCCUUGUGAGAUCUGCUUAUGUUUUCGCAUAAUUUGGAACGUCAAAGUGUUGCAGCCAUCGUCCUUGGUCCUUGCAGUUUUGUCGUCUUAGUUACUUUCCCUAUCCUUUGUAGUGUCUCAGGAUUUAGUGUUGGCGAAGUUCUGUAGGUUGUGGUUAGAUAUAAUUUAUGCGUCUUCUUAGCAAUUUUUUCAUAUCAAAAUUGUAUAAUUUUUUUUUUAAAUUAAUAGAGAGUAUAUCAGUGAAUUCUUUUUAUAGCUGAUCUACGGAUGUUGAAGGCUUUUCUUCGUCUGUUGGACGGAAAUCA